AUGGCGGGUUGCUUUUGGAUGCUGCAGUUAUGUUUCCUUGCCUUCUCUCUCCAUCAGUCAGAGCAGUCAGUAUUGACCUCAUCUGCUUUCUUGCCCUGCUUUCCAGUAUUUUGGCCGGCUUCUAAGGCAAAUGAAGUUAUGGUAAGAGCGAAACGUGCCAGAACCUUUAUUUUGGAGGAGAUUUUAAAGGGAAAUUUGGAAAGAGAAUGCUUUGAAGAAAUAUGUGUUUAUGAAGAAGCAAGGGAAGUGUUUGAAAACAAUGAAAAUACUAAUUCAUUUUGGAGCCAAUAUAUGGCUGGUACUCCUUGUAUCUCCCAGCCCUGCCUAAACAAUGGCGUGUGCCUGAAUAACAUUCGAAGCUACAUUUGCAGCUGCCUUGAAGGGUUUGAGGGAGUGAAUUGUGAAUAUGCUAAAAAUGAAUGUCAUUCCAAGAGAAAUGAUGGAUGUGACCACUUUUGUCACCCAGGAAAGGAAUUGUUUAUGUGUAGUUGUGCAAAGGGUUAUAAACUUGGAAAGGAUCACAGAUCAUGUAUUCCAAAUGAAAAGUGUGCAUGUGGAAUCCUCAGUUCUAAAAGUAAUAUGACAUUGAAGGAUGACCAACUGACUCUCCAAAAUUUUCCAUGGCAGGUCAAAUUAACAAAUUCACAAGGAAAGGACUUUUGUGGUGGUGUUAUAGUACAGAAAAAUUUUGUGUUGACCACAGCAAAAUGUUCACUGCUAUAUGGAAACAUCAGUGUGAAACUAAGUGAAGACAGUAUAUCAGGAACCCCAAUGGAGAUAAAAGUAAAGAAGAAGCAUGUGCACAUGAGGUAUGAUCAAGAAAUGGGGCAGAACAAUCUAGCACUGCUGGAGCUUGAUGAGCCCAUUCAAUGUCACAGCAAUGGCCUUCCUAUCUGUAUCCCUGAAAAGGAUUUUGCAGAACAUAUUUUGAUUCCAGAGAAAAUGAACGUUGUCAGUGGCUGGCCAUUCAAUGGAACAGAACUGGCUGAUUCAUUGAUUGAUUUGCCCAGUAUACAUUUUGAUAAUGAGAAAUGUGAAGAAAUACUCAAUGUAACAAUUACAACAAGGUUAUUUUGUGAGCAAAGCAAAGCAUCAGUGGACUGGCAGUUGGUAGAGGGAAGUAUUGUCAUGGCUAAACACAAAGGUACUUGGUUUUUGAUUGGUAUUAUGGUCUCUUUACCAACUGAAAAUUUGGGACCACUAUAUCUUUUCACUAAGAUUUCAAGAUAUUCAAUAUGGUUUGAACAAAUAAUGCAAUAAUGGAAAAACAAGUGAAUAGAAAGAAUAAAUUCUGUGGAAAAUGUAAAAUUUAUAGCUGUGAUCCUGAGUUGAUCAUAAAUUGGCAAUAUUGCUACAGAAUUUUAUACUUGGAAUACUCUUCUCUUCCUCAAAUCCCAUUUCUGCCUGGUGCUCAUCCUUUACAGCCCAGAUAACCAGCCAAAUAUGGUUUAACACAAAAAAAUAAUCCCUUCCAUCCAAUCAGAAAUUAUCUUUCUGCAGACCUUACCCUCCAGGAGGGCAGGAAAUGUAUCUAAUAGAUGUUUUUAUAUCUCUGGUGUGUAACAUGCUUUUUUGUACUUAAAAUUUUUUUGAACUGAACUAGCAAAUACUGUAAAAUAGAUCCGAAAUCUAUUGUUUUAGAAAACUAUACAAUAAUUUAUUUCUUUUUACUUUGCUUUACAAUUCAGAUGAGAUGAAAUCAAAUUCUUUAAAAAGUAGUAAAAUUCAGACAUCCCCUAAAGUGAAAUAUUUACUGAUAACCACACAUAAAAAUAAUAUAUAAACAAUAUUAAAGUACUUUUUAAAAAGUGACCUGUUUCAAAUCCAUAAAUAGAAGAAUAAAGCAUACUUUUUCUCCUCCACUGAAAUUUAUAUUGAUGCUUCACUGUGUGGCAUGAAGGUGAUCAAAAGCUGUGACAGUAGAACAGAAAUUUAUCAAUUCCACCAAAAUAAAAAAUCUCCAAGGGUAGGCCUGGCAACAGAUUACAUGUCUAUUAUCUGAGGAAUUUCCUCAUCCAAAGUUUCUCUACACAAGUGAAGUCCCAAUCCCAUCCCAUGCCUGUAGACAAUAAAGUGAAUGAAUGGAAAGCACAGAUAAAUCUAAUUAUGAAAAAAAAAAAACCUACUACUACUACUAGCUAACUUGUGUAUAAUAUGCUAAGGUUUGCAAAGGACUUCAUAUAAAUUAUCUCGCUUGAUUGUAAUGAAGUACCCAUUUUGUAAAUGGGAAAUUAAUUAUUAGAGAAGUUAAAUGAUUUAUCCACACUCGUAUGGCAAAUAAGUGAAGCAGAUUUCAAAAUCAGGUCUUUUAUUCAAUUCAUUGCAUCAGAGGUUUCAAACAUGAAGCGAAAUAAAAAUGUAAUUGGGAAAUAUUUAGCAAAAUAAAAAUUCAAUAAAACAUACUGUCAGUGAUUUUCCAAAGCAAUAUGAACCCAUGGGGAUCCUUAUCUUUAGAGGUCAUGAGAUGCACAAGUCUUCAGUAGUGACUACUGCUGCUGCUGCUUGUAAUACCAUUCCUCCAUGCCUGAUAAUCUAGGCCUAUGCUGGCAUUAAAAUCACCCAGAAUAAUGUUUGUCCUCUUCUGGCAUGUUAAUGAUGAGGGUCUCCAAGACUUAAUAAUUUAAAUUUUUUUUAAUUAAAAUUUUUUUAAUCAGGGUUCAUCUUCACAUGGUACUUUCCUGCAAGUUGCAGUCAUAUUGUCAUGAGCCUGUUGUUCACUCCUUUUGAAGGCACACAAGCUUGUGAACUAGAUUGGUCUUAUUGUGAAACCUACACUAGCUUCCCAUCACAGCAGCUGCUACCAAUAAAAAACACACACACACACACACAUAAUUCCAGUCGCGACUUCACUAAGCUGGCUUUCAUUUGCAAGUCUUGCUUCAUUCAGGGCUGCAGUUUGGAUAUGAUAAUCUGCUGAAUUCACUUGCAACAAGAACUGUUCAUCUUUCAGAUGUAUUGUUUCUUGUCCCUAAGUAUGCACACAUUCCAUGUACCAAUGGUGAAUGGAACCAUCUUCCCAAGUUUUGUGCUUCAACUACAGGGUAGGAUCUUUGCUUGCCAAAAAAAAGCAGACCAGAAUUGAGUGAAGCAGACAAUUUUUAGGGCAAUUUUCUUAAGAUUCUUUCUUAUGCAAGGUGAGCAGUGUAGUCCUUAAAAGAUCAGACACCUGGAAGGGCUGCAGAACUUCACUGCUGCUUCAGGAUAGUGAGAUGAUGACUCUAUGGCCUGGGUUGUCUGCUUAGAGUUGUGAUUAUGGGUCCUAGGUAAAAAAAUGGUAAAAAUAAUAUUGGCUGAUGUUUUUGACUUGCACAAACUGGAUUUAAGCAAGGCAGACGUGCAAAAUGUCAAUCCCACUCUUCCAGUCAUUGGAAUUCAAUGGCAAGACAAAAGCUGAGAUGACUGGUGAUGGUUCAGGAUGCAGUUGACUUUGGCAUCUUCCAUGUCUAAUCAAGUUCUAAGCACUCAACAGCACCUGCUUCAACUACCUUCAUAACCACUGGAACAAAUUGUUCUCAUCCACCAAUUCCAACAAAGGAAAUCUUCAAGUUUGGGGCAGACAUCCCAAUAAAUCAUUGAAAAGCCUGAGUACCCUGUUAUCUUUAACUUGGUUUAGCCUAUUUACCAAAACAGUUUGGUGGACUGUGUUUACUGCAUGUGCUAAUUUUCUUGUAAUCACAGAUGAGUGGCAGGUGGACACCAAAAGUGGCAAGCAGGCCUGCACAGGCCUUGGCUGCCCUCACAAUAAAGAUAUUUGUUUUCCCAGAACACCUAUAUGCAUCCCUUAAAUAUAUACACACCAGAGCAAUGUAUAUUGGGAGAAAAUGAAUGCUUUGUUAAUUAGCAAUAUGUUUAAACACCAAACAAAAUGGGCACUUCUAUGAACAUAGAAUGGGAAAAGUUUGUAAAUGGAAACUGCAAAUUUUAUAUAUAGCUUACUUUUCCUUUUAAAUGUAAUAAAUUCAAAUACACUUUCAAAA